AUGAACACAGAGUCAAAGGAGGUUUUAUCCCUGAAUGUUCAAGCUCCUGAGAUAUGGGAAGAGCUUCUGACAAUGAAAGUUGAGACAGAAAGUCACUUCCAUAGUCAGGAAUCCAGACUGAAAAGCAGUAACCCACUGGCAAGGGAAAUCUUCCGAAGACACUUUUGGCAGCUCUGCUACCAGGAGACCCCUGGACCAAGGGAGGCUCUAACCUGACUUCAAGAACUUUGCUACCAGUAGUUGAGGUCACAUGUGAGCACAAAGGAGCAGAUUUUGGAUCUGGUUCUGGAGAAGUUCCUCUCCAUCCUACCCAAGGAGCUUCAGGGCUGGGUAAGGGAACAUUGUCCAGAGAGUGGGGAAGAAGCUGUGAUUUUGUUGGAGGACCUGAAGAGAGAGCUUGAUGAACCACAACAUGAGAUGGUAACUCACCACCAAGUAAAAGUCCUCUCUAAAGAAAUAGUGCCUGUAGCAAAGCAGACAUUACGCCUUCAGUCCCAGCCUACAGAGUCCCAGAUCACAUGUGACCCCACUCAGGAGUCCCAUGCUAUUGGAGAGACAGAUGAAAUGACCAAGAUUGAAGACAGAGAGUUGGUGCUAGGGAAAUACUGUCCUAAGGUAGUAGAACCACAUGGGAAAAUGUUUCAUGGUCAGACCAGGGAGAUAUCACACCAGGAUCCUCGAAAUGAAGAAGUUAAUGAACCUAAUGGUGGGAUAGAGAGGGAGUGGAAAAACUCCUUAGGAGAUGGGCAACACAAAUGUGAUGUUUGUGGGAAGAACUUUGCUCAGAGUUCAGGUCUCAUUCGACAUCAAAGAACUCACACUGGUGAAAGACCCUAUGAAUGUAAUGAGUGUGGGAAGUCCUUCAGUAGAAGUUCUAGCCUUUUUAAUCACCAAGGAAUCCAUAAUAUAUAGAAGCAGUACCACUGCAAAGAAUGUGCGAAGGCUUUCAGCAAGAGUGCGGGUCUUAUCCAGCAUCAGAGAAUCCACAAGGGCAAAAAGCCCUAUCAGUGCAGCCAGUGCAAUAAGAGCUGCAGUUCUCGUUCAUUUCUUAUUGAGCAUCAGAGAAGCCACACAGGGGAGUGACCUCACCAGUGCUUAAAAGGUGGAAAAAGCUUUAACUGCCACUGCAAUCUUAUCCGCCAUCAGAAGAUCCAUGUAGGGGCUGAUCCUGUCUAG